CAUUCUUGUCCAGGGAUUCUUUUUCUUAUUCAAUUUCUCAGAAAGACAUCGCCUUUCUCUCUCUUAUCGUCAUCUCUGUCAGACCCAGAAAGAAAGAUAGAAAGAGAGUCUACUCGGUGAAGAAGAAGAACUUCCAUUAAAGAUCCCCAGAUUCAGAUUAUAAAGAAUACCCAUCUUCAGUUUCAGGUGAACUUUUUCUACCCUCCUUUCUAGGUUUUGAUCCAGAGAAGAAGAAAAGGGCAAAGGAAUAAAACGCAUUUCUAGCUUUCGGUGCUCCCCUUUUGGCCUUUUCUGCGAUUCCAAGCAUCUCCAUCUCCCCCCUAUAUAGAUAGAUAGAUAGAUAAAAUACAUUUUUUUUUUUUUAUCAUUUUGAUUCAAUUCGAAUUUCGAGAUUGAUUUAUCUCUAAAGAGAUGAGAGCCGGUUUAAGCACGAUCCAGCAAACCCUUACGCCGGAAGCGGCAGGCGUACUUAAUCAUUCGAUCGGUGAGGCUGGACGUCGUAAUCACGGCCAGACGACGCCGCUUCAUGUGGCGGCGACUCUACUGGCUUCACCGUCUGGAUUUCUCAGACAGGCAUGUAUUAGGUCUCAUCCUAACUCUUCUCAUCCUCUUCAAUGUCGUGCACUUGAACUCUGUUUUAGUGUUGCCCUAGAACGAUUACCCACCGCUCAAAACAUGGCUGUUGGGACUGAACCGCCAAUUUCAAACGCUCUUAUGGCGGCGCUUAAACGGGCACAGGCUCAUCAACGACGUGGAUGCCCUGAACAACAGCAACAGCCUUUGUUGGCUGUUAAGGUUGAGCUUGAGCAACUAAUCAUCUCGAUUCUCGAUGAUCCCAGCGUCAGCCGCGUUAUGCGAGAGGCUAGCUUUUCGAGUCCGGCGGUCAAGGUUAUAAUUGAGCAAUCGAUGAAUUCUCAAUCUGGACCAACGCAGAUAUCGAAUCAAUCUCCAAUCGGAAUCAUGUUCAGACCCAAUCCCAAUCCCAGUCCGAUUCCGAUCCCAAUUCAAUCCUCAAUCGUUCCCAACAGGAAUUUAUAUCUGAAUCCACGGUUACAACAACAGGGUAAUACAGGGCAGCUGAAAACAGAUGAUGUAAAGAAGGUGUUUGAUGUAAUGCUUAAAAGCAAGAAAAGGAACCCAGUUCUGGUUGGUGAUUCACAACCAGAGUCUAUAGUGAAGGAGGUGAUUAGGAGAAUAGAGAAAGGAGAAGUGAGUGAAGGAAGCCUGUUAAAGAACGCCCGUGUGAUAACAUUAGGGAGGGAGACAGAAAUGGCCACAAAGAUUAAGGAAUUGGGCGGUGUAAUCGAGGUUCGAUUGAACGGAGCGGCUGGAGUUGUCAUCGAUUUGGGCGAUUUGAAAUGGCUGGUGGAACAGGUUUCUGAAUCAGGAAGGGUGGCUGUGGCUGAGAUGGCUCGCCUGUUGUCAAGGUUUCGCCAUGGCUUCGUUAAUGGUGUUUGGCUGAUUGGAACUGCAACUUGCGAAACUUAUUUGAGAUGCCAAGUUUAUCAUUCUUCAAUGGAGAAUGAUUGGGAUUUGCAGGCUUUACCAAUUACAGCUUCAUCUCUUCCUCCUUUUCCUUCUCUUCCUGGCUUGUUUCAAAGGACUGGAAGAACUGGAAUUCUUGGCAAUUCGAUCGAGUCUAACCGAAUCCCACAGCCUCUUGCUGCUGCUGCUUCCCGUGGAACCAGAUGCUGUCCGGACUGCACCAAGAGCUACGAGAAAGAGGUGGCGGAAUCAGCAUCUGCUCGCCCACUGUUGCCGCGUUGGUUGCAAAAUGCCAAAGCCGAUAACAUGGAUCCGACAAAGAACAAGGAUGAUCAAGACGCAAUUAUUAAGAAGAAAUGGAGCGACAAAUGUUUACAUCUUCAUCCAAAUUUUCAACCUGCACUCGGUUUGAGUAACCCGGUUAGGGUUAGAACAGAUCUCGCCCUUUCCCAACCAGCUAUUCCCGAGAAGAAGACACAAAAUUUCACUGAGGAACGAUUAAAAGACUUCUUCUCGACUGACUUUCAGGUAGAAAAGUUUGCGAAAGCGGCCGAUACCGUCACCUUUAAGAAGCUUCUAAAGAGAUUAACCGAAAAGGCGUGGUGGCAACAAGAGGCCGCCUCUUCCUUAGCCACCGCCUUGACCCGAUGUCGAAUGGGUAAUGGGAAAAAACGAAGUGGUUCGUCGAAAGGAGAUGUUUGGUUGUUGUUUACAGGCCCGGACAGGAUCGCCAAGAGGAAAAUGGCGUCGGUUCUCGCCGAAGGUGAAACCCCGAUCAUUAUAUGUCUCGGGUCGAGACGAGAUUCAGACACGACGAUGGGUUUCCGCGGAAAAACCGCCUUGGAUCGAAUAGCGGAGGCAGUUAGGAACGAUCCGUUUUCAGUUAUACUGUUGGAGGAUUUUGAUGAAUCUGACGCGAUUAUUCGAUUGAGCAUUAGACGUGCGAUGGAGAGGGGUCGGUUAACUGAUUCUCACGGACGCGAAAUCAACCUUGGGAAUGUUGUUUUUAUACUAACCGUGAAACCGGACAAUAACAGAAACACAUUUGAUUCGGAGGAGGCUAGGUUUUCUUCUCUAGCCAGUGGGAAUUGGCAGUUGAGGCUUUCUGUUAACGAGGAGAAGGGCGGUAAGCGUCGUGCCAGCUGGCUAACCGACGAAGGAGAAAGGAUCAAGAAGCCGAGGCUAUCGCUCGAUCUCAAUCUGAUGGCGGAUGAGGAUAGGACAGACGGGUCUCACAACUCGAGUGAUGUUACUGUCGAGCACGAAUCGGAGGGAAGGCAGUUCUUCUCGGUCACUUCUGUUCCUGGUGAGGUGAUCGAAAAUGUUGACGAAACAAUUGUUUUUAAGUCAUUGAACUUUGGUACAAUAUGCGGGGAAAUCAAGAGGAGGAUAACUGAGAGGUUUCUAGAGGUGAUGUCGGAAAGAAAGGUGUCGAUAGAAGUGGAAGACUCGGUUCUCGAGAAGGUUUUUGGUGCGUUAUGGCUGGGGAAAGGAGGUCUAGAUGAGUGGUUCGAGAAGGUUUUGUGUCCGAGUUUCGAGCAGUUGAGGGAGCGAUUGUCGGAGGAAGGGGCGGUUGUUCGCUUGGAACUGGAUAAUGAGGAAGAAGAUUAUGGUGAAAGGAGGCAAAGAUCGGAUUGUUUGAUGCCUGAUCAAAUUAGGGUUAUGCAUAAGAUUUGAUUUGUGUAAAUACGAGGAAAUGUUUUUGAAUUGUUUGAGGAUAAAAAAGGUUUAAAACUUUCUUUGUUUACAAAUAGUAAUACUUAUAAUGUUAAGAACAAAUGUUUAGAAUACAUAUUGAAUUUUUUUUAUCUAUCA